GUAUAAAAAAAUAGCAAUUUUAGUUUUAAAAAUAAAUGUCAAACAUAAACGAAAUGAAAUGGAUUAAAAACAAAUUACGUCAGCAUAGGAUUCUAAGCAUUGUCACUGAGGGCUACCACUUCAUUCUCUACAAAAGAGUUCAUGCCAUGUCAGAUGAAUGCCAGCAUCGCUGCCCCAGGCAUACGAGUCAACCUCUGUUUCAAUGAAUUCUACAUAGUUAGUCAAGCACAAAUAGUCACUAUGCAUGUAUAAUCGAUAGAAGAGUGGCAUAAUUAUUUUUAUCUAGUGGGUUAAGUGGAUUCAAUGCAAUUUGUUGCAUAGAAUUCAAAGAAAUAUGUUUGUUAUCCCUCCCAAAUCCAGGUACCACUGCUUUGUCCCUAAUGGGUAAUUUAGUAACAAAGAAGACAUUUUCUAAAGUCAGGGUCAGUCUAAUAGGCGGUUUUUUUUACCAAAGGAGAAAGACUAAGCUUUUGUCUUUUUUUUCUUUCACCUUAUAAUGCUUCAAUAGCUCAACCAUUACGCCAGACAUCAUAUACAAUUUGUUGGAGUCAUAUUCUCAAACAGAUACAACACUUGAAGAAGAGACCAACCUCUACCUCUAUGUGCGACAAUCUAAUCUAUCGCCACUUUAAACUGAUUAUCUUUCUUCUUCAAAUUUAAAAAUUGCAAUGUAGGGAGUCUGUUUUUCAUCCUCUUAUUCUUUUGAUUUCUUGAAAACAAAAUAGUGUGAAAUGAAAAGUAUUGAGUUCAAUGAUUUUUGUCUUGUUUUGUUGUCAUGAAUCUUUGCAAGUCAUUGUUAUUGUCCUAUGUAAUACAUUGCUCUGAUAUUACAAGUAAAACUCCAAAUAGUAGUACACUGAGAGCAUGAAAAAAAAUAUAUAUACUAUUGUAAAGCUAUUUUUGAGAACGAAUGCAAAGUUAAUAUACAUUGCAAAUUCACAUUUGAGAAUCACUCAACUCUGAACAAAAAUUUUGAUCACAAUACUAAUUUCAGACCAAAAAAUCCUGAUCAAUAAUUAAGAUCAUAACAUUGAUUUUAGACCAUAUUAGGGUGCCCAACGAAAAAGGAAGAAAAAUACGUGAAGAGGGCCGCCAACGAAGAAACAAAGCACAACAACAAUAGCAAGCAAAAGAAACACAGCAACAAGAUCAAGCAUACAAAAGAACCUUAGAUAUUAAGGGAGUUGGUUUUUUUUUUUUUUUUUUUUUUUUUUUUUUUUUUGAGAGAGAAGUGUGAGUAAAAUUAAAGGAGUUAGGCAAACGGUUUAAUUUUUGAAAAAGAAAUUACCGUUCCUAUUUUGGUUCUUGUACGUCCCAUGCCCUGAGAGACCAAGGGAUUCUUGUGUUUAUUUAUGAGGAUGCUAGCGCUCAUAGCAAUUCGGCUACUUGGCCCAAAUAACUUCCAAGUAUAUUUUUAACAAAGAAAAAAUAAAAAAUUUCAAGACCUAGUGUAGACUAAUAUACCAUCAUGAAAAAGGCAGAAAAACUUGUAUGAACCUGGUUCACAAUAAUAUUAAUGUGGAUCCGAAGUGAUACAUGUGCGUAAUUGGUUUUGUAUUGAACAUAGUGACCCUAAUAUUAAAUAUAAUAACCUUAAUUUUAACAUAUUAACCUUUAAUAAAAUUUGUGUGAUUUUUAAUAUUGUUGCAAACCUGAAGUAUGAUGUCGUGAUCCUAAUUUUAACCUAGUGACUUAUAUUAUUCAUAUUGACCAGUAUGCCACAAGGACGGGGGUGAGAAUCAAUCCCAAGAUUUCUUGAAAUCGGGAGGGAAACUCUAACUACUUGAGCUGUCCCUCACUCAUACCUCAUACUCAUGAGGUAUGGGGGUUUAGAAACCUUGGGGGGAAGGUGGGUUUGGCUCAUUUCAUUUCCUUAGGUAUCAAAUAUAUGAAAUUAAGGGGAUGAUAUUUCAUUCCAUAAUUGAACCAAGCACAUGGUAUUAAGUAUCAAGUUCCAACCCGACCACUCUGCGAACCAAACGCCCCCUUAAGAGUUUGUAUGAAACAGGAACCAUUGAAGUAUUAAACCAAGAAAUGCUUGUCCUAAUGUAGACUAACUAAUGACAUUAUAUCUCUAUUGGAUAAUGCUUUUGAUUAACAAGACAUUUAGACUUGAAAAAUAUUCUAGAGAUUAACAAUGUUUUCAUGGGACUUCUUAAAAGUUUAAACGGGGUAUUCAACUCGAUUUUCGAAAAGGUCAUAUCUACUUUAUUCAAUUAUUAUUAUAGUCUUGUUCGAAAAAAUAAUUUUUUUUUAAAAAAAACUAAUAUUAUUAUAGUCAAAUUUUCUUUCAUGUAGCGGAUUUUGUAGCUAGUCAAUAGCAAAUUAGCAAGCAUACCCUGUCUUGUUCUUCUCGAAUUGUGUUUUAUUUCAAGAACUUUUGUUUGAAUGAGGAGGCAAAUUUUGAAAUUGUGGGCUCAAUGUUGUUGAAAUUUCUCUGCUUUUUUAUAUUUUAAAACCUUUUUCCGCUUUUAGACACUAUUUUCUUUAGUAUAUUCCACUAAAUUUUCAAUCAUAUAAUUUUAAAAAAUUACACACUAAUUUGUUCAUUAUCAUCCUUAUUUUGUUGAUAAUAUUGCUCAGCUUUUUUGGGCUUCUGGAUAUUCUUCAUAGCAUGAGAAUAUGAGAUAUCCUGCUUUCAAGAGCAGCAAAAGAAACUCCUUAGUUUGAGGCUAAUCGCAAUACCUUAAGUAUUGCUAUCUGGGUAGUCAAGUUAAGUUCUUGAACCAUUGGUUGUUUAUUAUGGUGUAUUGAAAGGUGGUUAAAGAAAAUUAUAGCUUGUGGAAUUUUUGAAGAAUUUGUAAUGGUUUCAACUGGAAAUGAAGGAGGUUCUGGGUCUAAUUUGAGCCACUCAGGUGACUGUGAGACCUUAAAUGGGGGUAAUAAUUCAAAGAAUCAUGUGUCUUUGCAAGUUUCAACAUCUAGGAAAGGACUACUAAGUGAUGAAAAAUCACCAGGGGGAUUCGUCGAAAAUCCUAAUAGUCUCUCUAGCAGAUUGAAGUUACUUAAAGUCAGUCCGAAAGGGAAACGGAGUUCUAUCUCUGCUGGUUUUUUAAGGAUGUCUGAGGACAAGGAUGAGCUCUCGAGUAAUGCUCCUGUUAUGCAAGGUCUUAGGAAACGAUUCAAAGAUGUAAUUUCUAGUAAAGUUGAUUGGCCUUCUGUGAGGCGAAUGUGCAAAGAGUGGGUUAAGAGACCAUUGAAUAUGGUCCUUCUUUUGUGGAUAGUUUGUGUUGCUGUGUCUGGUGCAAUUCUGUUUCUUGUGAUGACAGGAAUGCUAAACCAUGUUCUGAAAAAGAAAUCGCAGAGGGAUGAGUGGUUCGAGGUUAAUAACCAGAUUAUCAAUGCCCUCUUCACACUUAUGUGUCUUUAUCAACAUCCAAAGAGGUUCUACCAUUUGGUGCUUUUGUGUAGGUGGAAGUCGGAUGAUAUAUCAGUGCUAAGGAAGACUUAUUGCAAGAACGGGACUGCUAAACCUAAUGAACGGGCACACAUGAUGGUUGUGAUUAUUUUGCUUCACGUUAAUUGCUUUGCUCAAUAUGCUUUAUGUGGCCUUAAUUUGGGCUACAAAAGAUCUGAGCGGCCACUAAUUGGAGUCGGUGUUUGCAUAACAUUUGCCAUUGCAGCUCCUGCAGUUGCAGGAUUGUACUGUGUUCUUAGCCCCCUUGGGAAGGAUUAUGAAUGUGAAGCUGAUGAGGAAGCCCCUAAACAGUUGAGGAGGCAAUCCUUGGAGAAAAAAUAUGCAUUUUUAACCCGAGAUGAAAGAGGGGUUGUUGAGAAUAAACCUGAGUGGAAAGGAGGUCUGUUUAGCUUGUGGGAAGAUUUUUUUGUCUCAUAUCUCUUGAUUUUCUGCUGCUUUUGUGUUUUUGGUUGGAAUCUGGAAAGGCUAGGUUUUGGUAAUAUGUAUGUUCACAUAGCAACAUUUCUCCUUUUCUGCAUGGCCCCCUUUUGGAUCUUUAACUUGGCUGCUGCCAACAUUGAUAAUGAAACAGUAAGAGGGAUUUUGGGCAUUACUGGUAUUGCACUUUGUGUAUUUGGGUUGCUCUAUGGAGGGUUCUGGCGGAUUCAAAUGAGAAAACGAUUCAACCUGCCACCAAAUAAUAUGUGUUUUGGAAAACCAAAUGUUGCAGAUUGUGUUCAGUGGCUCUGUUGCUGCUGGUGUUCUCUGGCCCAGGAAGUUCGAACUGCAGAUUUCUAUGAGACAGUGGAAGAAAGAAUUUACAAUAAGAAUGGAUUUGACAGCCAUUCUACUCUUACCCCAUUACCUCGUGAAGGUAGUGCUGGUAGGUCUGGUACUCAAUCCAUGUCUAAUUUGAACACCUCAUUUUGGCUAAAUUCUGGUUCAUCCAAGAUUGAACCUUCAGUAUUGAUGAAUGAAACUAUGAUUCCACCUAACCCAGCGACAAUGAGAAUGGAAGUCGAGGAUCUUAGGGAAGUAUGAAGUAAGAUUGAACUGGAUUUGAUUCAAAUAUAUGUCUGUAGUAAUGAGAAACCAACUUUGCAGCCAUAUACUUUUCCUAUCUUUGAAAUGCAUGGUUUUUGCUGCUUGCAAAGGGAGAAUUCCAUCUCUGAAGUAAGUAUCUGGCUAGCUUCUUUUGGGGGAUGAUGUGAUUAUUACUCCUUUACUAAGCGUUUUCUGUGUGACCAUUUUUUGCUGGUAAUUUGAUCGAUGCAUACAGGGAAACAUUGUAUAAUUGCAGAAAGGAAAUGCUUCCUCUGCAGGUGAUUUGUAAUUUUGCAAGGUACAAAUAUUUAGUUUUAUGACUUGUAGUAACUAACAGUAAUACUCAAGGUUUCUCAUAACUGUCAAACAUUAUGUUCAUUCUUACUCAAACAAUUUUCUCUGUUUACUUAUCUCAAAAUUUAUUUUCUGGAAUAUUUGCAAAUUGCUGCAUGACUGAACUUGAUACUAGUCACUUGCAAGCGUGGUUUGAAUUUGUAUCGUUAGAAUUUAAUUAUAAGUGUUGCUUAAAGUUCAGACCCAUUCAUUCUUGUUAAAUAGGCUGCUUUGGGGAUGAACCUUUCAUUUUCGUUUAUACUACGCAAUUUGCUGGCACCAAAAGUUCUUGGAAUAGCUCAUACCUGGCACAGUAAUAUCCAAUUUUGGCAAAUUCCAUUUGCUAGUUGACGUUGCUUAGCUUUUGCAGCUUCUCUGAUGGCAACUUCAUCCACGAAAAGGCUUGGCUGUUCUCCGGAAAGCCAAAUUAAUCUUCUUCCCUUAUUCUAGACCCUUAUUCAUCUUCCUGUAACAGCACCUUGCAAAUCUCUUAGACCUGCGCCCCGUUUCUCAUCCAAUGGUCCAAGUGAGUAGUGACCAAUCUUUCUGUACCAGUUUCAGUAAAUCAAUGUCUGAGAUCUCAUAUCAUCAGUUUUGUCUACCCAGGCUUCAUCUAGUUCGUUUUGCUCACCUUCCCCUUGGGUCUUCCAUUGUAGGCCUGUCGUGGCCCUUGUCUUGCCUCCCCCACCCCCCGAGUUCUCCAUUUUGCUCAUCUUGUAAGAUUAAGCAUGAAGUGUGAGAGUAAAACUUAAAGGCUAAAUAUAACAUUAUCCUUUAAUUAGAUAGGAUGGGUUAGUGUUUAGAUUUCCAAUCGGAAACUAACACAAUUUAACUUGGGCCCAAGAAAUUAGCCAAUAAUUAUGGAAUUGUUAACAAAUCUUUUGAACGAGACUAACUCUAUUUAAUUAUCCGUACGUCAUAUAAGAUGACAG